CAGCUGCCCGGCCCCAGCCGUGGAGUCGUGGUCCAGGUCGUCGCCGCUGGAGAGGGGCUCGGCGCCCGGCGGGUUCUGCAGGUGAUGACUCAGGAUGCAGCCAGGGACCACGACAUGCACGGAAGACCGCAUCCAGCACGCCCUGGAGCGUUGCCUUCACGGGCUCACCCUGGGCCGCCGAUCCACUUCCUGGUCAGCCGGGCUGUGUCUGAACUGCUGGAGCCUGCAGGAGCUGGUCAGCAGGGACCCCGGCCACUUCCUCAUCCUCCUGGAGCAGAUCCUCCAGAAGACCCACCAGGUCCAAGAGACGGGUACCUAUGACCUCCUCGCCCCACUGGCUCUGCUCUUCUAUUCCACGGUCCUCUGUACUCCACACUUUCCACCUGAGUCAGAUCUCCUUCUGAAGGCGGCCAAAACCUACCACCAGUUCCUCACAUGGCCAGUUCCCUACUGCAGUAUCUGCCAAGAACUGCUCACCUUCAUCGAUGCUGAGCUCAAGGCUCCAGGCAUCUCCUACCAACGACUGGUGAGAGCUGAGCAGGGCCUGUCCAUCAGGAGUCACCGCAGCUCCACUGUCACCGUGCUGUUGCUGAACCCCAUGGAGGUGCAGGCUGAGUUCCUUGCUGUGGCAGACCAGCUGAGCACCCCUGGCCACUCACCCCACAGCGCCUACACCACCCUCCUCCUGCAUGCCUUCCAGGCCACCUUUGGCGCCCACUGCGACCUCCCCAGCCUGCACCACCGGCUUCAGUCUAAGACCCUAGCAGAGCUGGAAGACAUCUUCACAGAGACAGCAGAGGCCCAGGAACUGGCAUCCAGCAUCCAGGACCCAGCCGAGGCCAGGCAGUGGCUCAGGACCAAGCUGCGGGCAGUGGGAGAAAAAGCUGGCUUCCCCGGAGUCUUAGACACUGCAAAACCUGGCAAGCUCCACACCAUCCCCAUCCCGGUGGCCAGGUGCUACACCUGCAGCUGGAAUCGGGACAGCUUCGACAUCCUGCAGGAAAUCCUACUCAAGGAGCAGGAGCUGCUGCAGCCAGGGGUCCUGGGGGAUGAUGAAGAGGAGGAAGAGGAGGAAGAGGAGGAGGACUUGGAAACGGAUGGGCACUGCACCGAGAGGGACUCGCUCCUUUCCACCAGCUCCCUGGCAUCCGGUGACUCCACCUUGUCACUGGUCUCCCCCCAGGCCUCAGGGCCAGCGCUCUCUCGACACCUGCUGACUUCCUUCGUGUCUGGCCUCACGGACGGCAUGGACAGUGGCUACGUGGAAGACAGCGAGGAAAGUUCCUCCGAAGGGCCGAAGCGAACCGGAAGCCACGAACACCGAGGCCACCGCCGGCCCAGGCAGAAGUUUCAUAGGAUCUAUAAACUUUUCAAAAGCACCAGCCAGCUGGUACUUCGGAGGGAUUCUCAAAGCCUAGAGGGAGGCUCGGACAUGCCCCUGCCCCUCAGGAGGGCGGGGAGUCUCUGCAGCCCCCUGGACUGUACAGCAGAGCUUCCCACCCGAGCCCAGCGCUCCCAUUCCCUGCCCCAGCCCAGGCUCAGCACCCAGCUGCCCAGCUGGCACCUGGCCCCAGCUUUUCGCCACCAGCGCCGCCGGCCCUUCCUGAGUGGAGAUGAGGACCCGAAGGCUUCCACACUCCGAGUGGUGGUCUUUGGUUCCGAUCGCAUCUCAGGGAAGGUAGCUCGGGCAUACAGCAAUCUCCGGAGGCUAGAGAACAAUCGCCCACUGCUCACACGGUUCUUCAAGCUUCAGUUCUUUUAUGUGCCUGUAAAGCGAAGCCAAGGCACCAGCCCGGCCCCUCGGAACCAGACAUCUCCUCUCCCCACAGACUCCCCAAAGCAUCCCUGUCCUGUGGAGCUGGGCCCGAACCCAUGGGAAGACAGCACCAAUGACAUCUCCCACUACCUCGGUAUGCUUGACCCUUGGUAUGAGCGCAACGUGUUAGGCCUCAUGCACUUGCCCCCCGAAGUCCUAUGCCAGCAAUCCCUGAAGGUUGAAUCCCCGUCCCUGGAGGGCUCCUCUGCCCAGCUGCCCAUCCUGGCCGACAUGCUGCUCUACUACUGCCGCUUUGCCGCCCGGCCGGUGCUGCUGCAGGUCUAUCAGGCAGAGCUGACCUUUGUCUCUGGGGAGAAGACAUCAGAGAUCUUCAUCCACUCCCUGGAGCUGGGUCACUCGGCCGCUACGCGAGCUAUCAAGGCCUCCGGUCCUGGCUGCAAGCGACUGGGCAUCGAUGGCGACCGGGAGGCCAUCCCUCUAACACUACAGAUUAUUUACAGCAAGGGGUCCAUCAGUGGCCGGAGCCGCUGGAGCAACCUAGAGAAAGUCUGUACUACUGUCAACCUCAACAAGGCCUGCCGGAAGCCGGAGGAUCUGGACUCCAGCAUGGAGGCCCUGACGCUAACCCUCACAGAAGUAGUGAAAAGGCAGAACCCCAAAUCCAAGAAGGGCUUCAACCAGAUUAGUACCUCACAGAUGAAAGUGGACAAGGUGCAAAUCAUCGGCUCUAAUGGCUGCCCCUUCGCUGUCUGUCUUGACCAGGAUGAGAGAAAGAUCCUACAGAGUGUGCUCAGGUGUGAGGUGUCACCCUGCUACAAGCCAGAGAAGAGCAGCCUACCAUCCCAGAGGUCCCCUGACCUGCCAGCCCAGGCCACGCCUGACCUCUGCUCCCUUCUUUGCCUGCCUAUCAUGACUUUCAGUGGAGCUCUGCCCUAGCCCAGCCCUGGCUCCAGACGGAACAGGAAGACCUAUGUGUCUUCCUCUAGACCUUUCUCCAGGGCAGCUGCUCUCUGUGUGGGACUGAGUGGCCCUGGACUGGGUGAGGGUCCUUCUGUAGACCUCAGAGAUUUGGGUAGGAAAUGAGCACACACAGCAGAAGGAGAAAGAAUAGGGAGUUGACCUGUGAGGGAAGGUUGGAGGCUCUGGGCCUCUAUGGGGUAAACCUCCUCUUCCAGCCUUUGGUUGGUUGGUGGCACCCUUACUGGGUCAAAGACCCAAGGACUCUGUGUCUGGAGUUCAGUCUUCUCUACUCUGGGGCUCAAGUGGGAGAUUUCUGUCUUGACCUCCAGUGCUGUCUUUCCACCCACCAUCCACCCCUGAGCAUGAAUGCACAUACAGGCACCCUUUCUUGUUCUCAAGAACCUUGGAUCCUCUGAAACACAGCACGAGCAUCUCACUUGUCUACUACCAGGAAUUGUUAUGGAUUCCCUUGAGCCUCUCUCUGGCUCUGUCCUGGAGAGAUCAGACAGGCUUACGUUCGGUAGCAGCUCAGUUUCCAACUGGCUAAGGGGCCAGAAGAAGUUAGUAAACUAUCUUGAGCCCCCAUUUCCUCAGCACUAAAAUAGGAGGGAAAUAAGUUCCUCUUAAAAGGUCCACAAGUAGCCAAACACCAGUGGCUCAGGCCUGUAAUUCCUAGCUGCUCAGGAGGCUGAGAUCUGAGGAUCUAGGUUCA